CCAAUUUCCCUUCUCUGUUUUCCAUUCAAAUCUCCUCUCCUCCCAUCAAAAUGCCAAACACCUCUCUAAUAUUUUUCUAAUCAAAGCUUCCUUUUGCUGCUCCUAACUCAUAAAUAAGCUCUCUUCUAAUUGAUUCCCCGCCUCUAAUAGUCUAAUAAUCUUGAACACCCAUGAGGAUUUCUUCCAUGACUCUCCUUCUCUUUCUUCUACUCUUCAUGCUCUCUCAAGCUUCUCACUCCAUGACAAUCCUUGUAGAUGGUGUUUCAGAUUGGAAAAAUCCCAAUGUUCAUGUAGGAGACACAAUCAUUUUCAAACACAAGUAUCAGUUCAAACUCUACAUUUUUCAGAAUCUAAGAGCCUUCAAUGUCUGCAACUUCACUCAAGCCUCACUUCUCACCAAGCCCAACUCCACCUCCUAUACGUGGUACCCAUCACGUCCUGGUUUCUACUACUUCGGAUUCAACAAUGGCUCACAUAAAUCUUGCAAUCAAGACUCUCAAAAACUGUUCAUAAAGGUAUCUCCACAAGCACCACCACCACUACCAGCAUCACAGUUCCCUCCAACACCAACUCCAAUUCCACCACCCAUUUCCGGUGGUGAAGUGUCGUCUUCUCCAGCUUAUCCAUGGCCAUUCCAUCCUCGAGAAGCAGCAUCUUCACCGGCUCCAGAACCCAGUAGUGGUACAAGCUCUCCAUUGACAGUUCCAACAGUGGUGCCGGAUAAAGGUGGCGGCAUACCAUUUAUCAAUAGUAAUCCAGCCGUUCCUUUGCCGACCGGUGAAGUUGAUUCCGCCACUAUACGCCCGUUGCCUGCCUCUGGUCAUCAUCAUCAGGUGGCAGUGGGGCUACUUGGAGUUCACAUGACUCUAUUAUGUGUGAUAUUGCUGCUGCCUCUGUGAAAAAAAGAAGAGAGAAGGAGGCAAAGGGAGGGCUGCAAUUUGGUGUAAAAAGGAAGGAAGUAGGCUAAAUAUGCAGUGAGUAGUUUGGUUAAUGAGUUCAAAGUAGCUUUAUUAUGAUUAUGAUGAUAUUUGGACCCUACUUUUGAAUCAUAUUUCUCACUUUUUGAUGUUUUUGUUUUGGCCAUGCAAUCGAUUGCUACUUCUUUUUUCUUUUUCUUUGUUCUUUCUCCCACUUUCUUUUGUAUAUUUGAAUGGUAAAGUAAUUUUCUCUUUUGUUC